UGUGACAUCACACACACGCUCUGGCUCCAGCAUCCUGUUUCCACUCGACUGAUUCCUGGCGUGGCACCAGAAAGAGGAAGAGAGGGAGGAGGAGCAGAGAAGGAGCGGAGGAAGAGAAAGGCUGAUCCGCUAGAGAUCAGACAACCGGGGAGGAAACGCCUCGAUAUCCAGAGAAUCCCGCUGAUCCCAGACUUGUGUUUAAUGCAGGAAGAGAUGGAGCCUGAAGAGAACCACAUCUAUCUGCUGCUGCUGCUGAUUGGAUCCCACUUCACUAUGGUGGGGCCUGCCCCCCCAGAGGAGGGCUGGCAGGUGUACAGCUCGGCUCAGGACGCUGAGGGCCGCUGCGUGUGCACGGUGGUGGCGCCGCCGCAGACCGGCUGCUCCAGAGACGCCCGCAGCAAGCAGCUGCGCCACCUGCUGGAGAAGGUUCAGAACAUGAGUCAGUCCAUCGAGGUUCUGGACCAGCGAACCCGAAGAGAUCUGCAGUUUGUGGAGAAGAUGGAGGUCCAGCUGAAAGGCCUGGAAAACAAAUUCAAGCUGGUGGAAGAUGGCCAUGAGAGCAACAUUGCCCGGCAGUAUAAGUCCAUCAAAGCGAAAAUGGAGGAGCUGCGUCCCCUCAUCCCGGUUCUGGAGACCUACAAGGCGGACGCCCUGCUGGUGCAGCAGUUUAAGGAGGAGGCCGCCAACGUGACGGAGCUGCUGGGGGCGCUGCAGGAGCAGCUGGGGGGGCUGGACUACCAGGAGCUGCACGGCCGGGUGAUGAACCUGGAGGACCGCCUGAGGGCCUGCAUGCAGAGACUUGCCUGUGGCAAGCUGACGGGAAUCUCUGAGCCAAUCACCAUCAAGACUUCAGGCUCCAGAUUUGGCUCAUGGAUGACCGACCCACUGGCUCCACCUGGAGACAACAGAGUGUGGUACAUGGAUGGUUACCACAACAACCGCUUUGUCAGGGAGUACCAGUCCGUGCAGGACUUCAUGACCACGGAUAACUUCACCUCCCACCGGCUGCCCCAUCCCUGGUCCGGCACUGGCCAGGUGGUGUUCAAUGGCUCCAUCUACUUCAACAAGUUUCAGAGCCACACCAUCAUCAAGUUUGACUUCAGCACAUCUGUCAUCAGCCGCUCCCGCCAGCUGGACUUUGCUGGGUACAACAACAUGUAUCAUUACUCCUGGGGGGGCCACUCUGAUAUCGACCUGAUGGUGGACGAGGGCGGGCUCUGGGCUGUGUAUGCCACCAAUCAGAAUGCUGGUAACAUAGUGCUGAGCCAGCUAAACCCCAACACUCUGCAGAUCAUCCGCAGCUGGACCACCAACCAUCCCAAGCGCAGUGCAGGGGAAGCCUUCAUGAUCUGUGGAACCUUGUACGUCACCAACGGGUACUCCGGGGGAACCAAGGUCUACUACGCCUACUCCACCAACUCCUCCACCUACGAGUACAUCGACAUUCCUCUCACAAAUAAAUACAGCCAUCUGUCCAUGCUCGACUACAACCCCAGAGACAGAGCGCUGUAUGCCUGGAACAACGGUCACCAGGUGCUUUACAACGUAACGCUCUAUCACAUCAUCCAGUGACACUCAUACCAGCUCACUAUCUUCUAGUCCACCCACAUCUCCAUUUCCCAUCCACACACAGCUCUUUACAAUAAAGCCUGCCAUUCCCUGACUGGUGGAGAAUCCAGAGAAGACUCAUCAGGAAAAAUUCUGUGCUUCCAGAAUGGAGAGAGGUAAUUGAAUCGAUCAGAUAUUGAUAUCUUAUUGCUAUCUAACGAACCUGGGCCGAACAAACCCACUCCAGUGGGUCCAAUUCUGUCAGAUCCCACCAGCUUUCUCCUUUCUUUGAUCAAAGUGAGUAAUCACCGAAAUGGUAAGCUGUGAGUUGGACCUCGUUUAAUAAACCCCCCCCCGCCCCCC